AUGGCUCGACUUCAGUUUUCAAGAUACCAGGAAGAAGACGAUCAAGAAGAGAGUGAGAAUGACUAUGGAAGUAGUACAGGAUUUCAUCCAAGUCAUGGCUUACCAACGUUAAACAAAAGUGCUUUUGAGCAGAAUCUAAACCGAAGUCUCGUCUUCGAGCAAAGUCUCCAUCAAAGUGGCUUUGAACACAGUGGUUUGAACAAAAGUGGCUUUAACCAAAGUGGCUUUGAUCAAAGUCUUCGAAAUGACAUGAUUCAAACUACCAUUCCUAUACUUGGUAGAGGAGACAAUCCCUUUAUGAGUUCUAUUGUCAUCAUGAGCCAAGUGGACUCAGUUAUUGACAGUCCUCGUUUAAGAAAAGCAGAAGGAGAGCAAACAUCAAGUGCAGCCGUACCAUUUCCAGCGUUAUCUCGACAAUUUGAAGUCAAUUUGGUUUCUCAUUGGCAUAUUGGACUCCUCGUGUCAACCGGGUUUGCUGGAAUUCUAAUGACAUGUUUGAAGCGAGCAGUUUUACCUUUGCUUCAGCAUGAAUUAAAGAUGAAGGAACAUCAAGUCAAUGCAGCGUCCGUAUUACUACAAGUGCCCUGGUCGUACAGCUUUAUUUGGGGCUUUAUAUCGGAUGCAGUGCCAAUUUUGGAUUCCAGACGAAAAUCUUACAUAAUUCUUGCAUGGAUAAUGACAAUGCUAUCGUGCUUUUCAAUGGCUCUGCUAGACCAGUUUAUCUCGUCUCAAGCAGAAAGUAACGACGUGACUACAGCUGAUAUGGUAAAGCAGACGGAAGUACUCAUGGACGUCUACAUUUUCUUGCUGGAAGUGGCCAAUUUUGGUUGUAUCGUGGCGCUGACUAUCGGACAGACAUAUGUCAUUGCACAAACUCGACGGGAGCGCAUGACCGUCCGAGGAACAGCUCUUGGCACGCUACUUAUUGCGCAGUUUUCGGGUCAACUCUUCGGGGAGAUCAUCACAGACUACGCUAUCUUUAACUUUACCGAGUUUGGGACGACGCCGAAGGUCACAGUGCGUCAAACUAUGUUGUUUUUCGUCUUCUACACGGUUGUUCCGCUGAUAGGGCUCUGUACGUGCUUUUUUGAGAAGUCUGAUCCUCCACCUAUAAAUGCCGCUCGUGAUCGUUAUAAUCGUGCUACCAUUGAAAACCUGGAGACAUCGGCAUCCGAGCUUCAACGAGCUUACAUAACGGCAUCAAAUUUUUAUCAACGCUUAAAGCUCGCAUUACGUGGUCAUUGGAUUCGGCUUCGUUGCGCUCUGGGCAAAGAGUCUACUUCACGUGUUACGCGUUUCUUGAUUGGAUUCAUCUUCAUGUCGGAGUUUUCAUUAACAUACCCGACAACUCGACUAAAGCAAUGGUGUGGAAUAAAUGCCGAGGCAGUCUCAAUGAGCAACAGUAUGUCGGAAGUGUUUUCGUUGCUACCAGUGAUACUUUGGAAAUAUUUUCUAAUGAAUAAGGACUGGCGAUGGUGUAUAUUCUUAAGUUUCGUGAUUAUCACAAUGACACCUCGGCUAGUCUACUACAUGAUGGCCACACUCAACCCUGCAGCGCGAAAUAUCGACAUCUUUGCAGUCGUGUCGGCGCUCACAGCAUUCCUUCGCACUGCGGUCGUUAUUCUAGAGCUAGCAAUUACCGCAGAAAUUGCUCCUGUGGGCGGUGAAGGUGCUUUCGUCGGUAUCAUUGUCUCGAUGGCGACAAGUAUGCGGCUAAUGGCGAAUACUGUUUCCAACUUGAUUGGCUUUAUGUUCAAGGAUGUCGAAAACGCUGUUGGUGGCAGAACCGACCCUGACAGGAUGCAAGUGGCGUUUGCAUUGGUGCUAUCGCACAUCAUACAAAUCCUUGGCCUCGUGGCGCUGGUUUUUUUGCCCAAGCAAAAGCGACAUCUGCAGCGUUUGCAUCGCUACGGAGACACUGGCAAUCGAUGUACGACAUGGUGGAUUCUUGCAUGUCUUGCAGUGUCUUUCAUUGUCAGCACAGUAUUUAAUGCGCUGGCCAUGGCACCUACAACAUCUUGCAUGGGGAUUGUCGGUGGCAGUGGGUGCUAG